UUGUAGCACAUGUAUGUCAAAUUUGAUCAGAGUGGAAAAUGAAGUUUUACGUGUUGCUUCUGUGUUUGCUUGUGUCAACACCAAUAAUUAAAUGUGCGGAUGAAGAAGAAGAUGAGGCACAAACCGAUGGGGAAACUGAGGAUGAAACUGAUAAAAACAAAGACGAAACUGACGACGUACUAGUUCUGACUGAAAAGAAUUUUGAGGAUGCUCUUAAAGAUCACGAUGUGAUUCUUGUUGAAUUUUAUGCACCUUGGUGUGGUCAUUGCAAGCACCUGGCACCGGAGUACGCGAAGGCUGCCACACAGUUGAAAGAUCUCACCCAUCCUGUAGCACUUGCAAAGGUGGAUGCUACUGUUGAAACUGAAUUGGCUCAGAGAUACGAUGUUUCAGGCUACCCCACAUUGAUGUGGUUUAAGAAAGGAACAAAGUACGAUUACGAUGGCCCAAGAGAGGAAACUGGGAUUGUGAAAUACAUGACAGAAAGAUCUGACCCGGAGUGGAAACCUCCCCCUGAAGCUGUCCUGACUUUAACCAAGGAGAACUUCGAAGACGUUGUCAACACAGAGGAACUCAUCCUUGUUGAGUUCUAUGCACCAUGGUGUGGUCACUGCAAGAAACUGGCCCCUCUGUACGAGAAAGCAGCUCAGCGUCUGAAGGAUUACGACCCACCGAUUCCUCUGGCAAAAAUAGACGCAACGGUAAACAGUGAGAUAGCUACAGAACACAUGGUCACUGGUUACCCGACGCUGAAGAUCUUCAGAAAGGGAAAAAGCUUCGAGUAUAAUGGUGAACGGGAUGAACAUGCCAUUGUGAACUACAUGAUAGAUCAGCAGGGUGACGCUGCCAAACUGCUGGCCACUGUUAAGGCGGUCAAGGAUUUCAUGCAGAAGGACGACAUCACUGUUAUGGGUUUCUUCAGCAAUCUUGGGGAUCCUCGACUCAGCGAAUACAAGGACACAGCUAAUGAUUUCCGUGAUGUACACAAAUUUGGAUACACACUUGACGAAGAUGCGAGAAACCUUUACAAAAUUAACCCUGGAUCUGUUGUUGUCUUCAAUGCAGAAAAGUUCUAUACUAAAUAUGAACCAAAGUGGCACAUUUUACAUCAGGGUAAAUUAACACGAGAAGACAUGGUAACUUUUAUCAAGAAACACCAAGUUCCACUAGUAGGUCAUUAUGAAAGAGAGACCGAAAAGCUUUACGAUGACUUGAGACCAUUAUGUCUGGUUUUCUACACAGUCGACUGGAGUUUUGAAUACAGAACAGCAACUCAGCUCUGGAGACAAAAGAUUGCUGCAAUUGCCAAGGAUUACAAGAACAUAACGUUUGCAAUCGCUAAUGAGGAUGACUACCAGUUAAUGUUGAAGGAGUUCGGUUUUGACGAUUCUGGGGAGGAAAUGAACAUCGGAAUUCUGGGAAAGGAUGGCAAAAAGUUCCCGAUGGAACUAAUGGAGGAGUUUGAUCCAGAUGAGAUCACAGACUUCCUUAACGCGUUUCAGAAAGGAAAAAUAAAACCACAAAUCAAGUCACAGCCAGUUCCUAAGAAACAGACUGGUCCAGUGACGGUGGUGGUAGGAAAAACAUUUGAAGAGAUUGUCAACAACCCAUCGAAAGAUGUACUCAUUGAGAUGUAUGCACCUUGGUGCGGCCACUGUAAACAAUUAGAACCGGUGUACAAAGAAUUAGCAAAGAAAUACAAAACAGAGAAAAAUCUAAUUAUAGCAAAACUUGACGCAACAGCUAACGAUGUACCCGAGUUGUUUAAAGCUGAGGGCUUUCCAACUAUCUAUUUUUCAGCAGCAUGUGACAAAACAAAACCUAAGAAGUUUGGGGGUGCCAGAGAGUUAAAAGAUUUUGUUACGUUUUUGGAAGAAAAUGCUUGUGUUUCAUUAGGUAAAAACUACAAAGAUGAAUUGUAGAUUGUUGUUUUAGUCUAUCAUCAUUUAAGACAUGACGAAAAGAGUGUACAAGUGGUCAUAUCAUCUUGAAUCUAAUUUGUUUUAUUUUGUAGUCUUCAAGACUUAGCCUCAGUAGUGUAAAAGUAGUCAUUUCAUCUUCAAUUUAUUGACAUUUAAAGAUUUUUUUUGCAUAGUCUCUUGGGCAACAUGUGACUUAAAAUGUUGUAAGUGAUAAUUCUGUCAGUCAUGUGGUAUACAGGGUUUUGUGGUUUUUAAGCUACAUUACAAUUGUUAUCAUUUAUACCACUCCAUUAAUUUUGUCAGUUUGAUGUAUGACUCAUAUUAGAUAUUCACAAGUUCCUGUAUGGUAACUAGUGAAACAAUCUACCAAGUUUAUUUCAGUCUUGUUUUAUUGUGGCUGCUUGUCAUGGGGCAGAGUUAUGAUCUGUUUUAGUCUAUGAAAAAAACUAUUAUUGCUCAUUGUAGUCUGUACAUAAUAGAGAAAAUAUUAUAUUUUUGUUGACAUGGCAACAACAAUUGUUAUAUCACUGUUCUCUGUACUAACUGGGAGCCCCCUCCCCCCACCCCUGCACAAUUUGCUGCACAUGUGCCUGUAUAUGCACUUUUUGAGGAGACAUUUUUGUGAUUUAAGUCCCAUCAAGUACUUCACAGCAUUAAAAAGGUGCUUACCUGAAGAUUGUUCCAGUGUGCAAACGUGUAAGAUCUAUAUUUUGACACUUGGAUAACACACACCUCUGAGUCUUGUACAAAUCUCAAAAGUUUUCAUUGAAAAGAUUUCAAGAUUUAAACGGUGUUUGCUGGAAUAAUAAUAAUUUAUCAUAUCUACAUAUUAUUGCUUGUUUUUUGCUAAGGAAGGAACAAUCUUGACAUUUUCAAAAACGAAAAUCCCCCCGAAAAGUAUCCAUGUACAGAAACACAUCUGCUAUGUAUUAUUGGUGUGGUAGAUGCCAUUUUAGUUGCUAAGGAAGGAUUCUUGUGGCAUUUUAAAAUAUAUGAAUUAUGCAUGCCCUAUAACCUACACAUAGAAUUGACCAUUUUGUUGAUUACUUUUGCUUUGAAAUUUUAUUGCAUCAUUUGUUCAGAGAAGGAAAUAUCUUAGUGGUUUAUAAAUGGCAACAAUGAACUAGGCAUACUUAGAAAUAUGUUUGUUUUGGCCAUUAAAUUCCAUAAUGUUCCAUAUACUAAGCAACACUUUUGUUGUGUUAACGUUAUGGUCACCUGGCUGCAGGUUUUAGGAGCUGUCUUAGUGCUACAAUACUGUAAAACCGUCGCAGGCUAUAACUUCAAUACUGACACAUGUGCUAAGAUAUCUUCAAAAAUCUGGGCCCAGGUUUAUAAAAAUUAUCAAACAUGCACAUGUUUUGGGAAGUUCUCUGGCGAAGUCUGAGGUGGUGUCCACGACAGGUAUGCUUGAAUAAGUUUUCUGAUGGAAGUCUGAAAACUUGCCCAUACCUAUAGUAGUAGACUAUACCCAAAACAUGCUUCUGAUUGUUUAUAAUAACCAACAAUCAUAAUACUUUACAUUUAUAUUUAUUGAUUUGUUCUUUCUUUUACCAUCCCUGUAUUAAUGUAGUUUGGGACUUGGAGAUACACACAGACAAUCAUGCACACUUUGUUACAGGGCCAGAACAUUGGUAGUGGCUAAAAGUGUACAGUAACCAUAUCACAGGCACAGUAAAAUUAUCAUGUUAUCAAGUGUGUAUGGGCUUGGCCAGCUGAUAAUAUUUAGUGAAACAACACUCCAUUUGACAGUAGAUGUGGAGGAAAACCUCAACCAAUCAAUAAAUACAGUGUGCUUAAUUCAAUGUGGUCUCCAAGAAGACGUAUGUAUUCCACUCGUGUUACUGAAACUGUUGAAACAUUACCAUUGUAAUAUGUUUUUAACGUGUAUUAAUUCAGUAAUUUUAUUUCUCAACCUGUUUUGGGAUUGAUUGAUGUUUUUCAAUUUGUAUAAUGCUUGCCCUCUUUUUUUUUCUUUUUUUUUUGGAGGAGGGUUGGGUGCAUUGUUAUUUGGGUAACUAUUCAAUCUCUUCAUAUAUUAUUACAGUGAUUGAAUGCAUAUAACUUGUAUUUAAUAACAAAAAUACAAACAGAAAUAAAUAAAAGAAGUACUUAUCAUAUUCAGUUAAAGUCAGGGUAAUUGCAGUAGGUAACAAAACUAAAGUUGUCUGUCAUUUGCUCAUCCCAUAAUCAUCCUCCCCAUACAGUGUUUCUGCCAGAAAGAAAUUUUAGGUUAUAGCUCUAUGGAAUUGAAUGCAACCACAGUCAACAGGGGUUAUGGGGGGCCUCCCCUAGAAAGAAAAUGGGUUACGUUUAGGGUUAGGGUUAAAAGCAUACAGUAAUGAUAAGAAUAAUUAAUUUUGCCAAAAAGUUGGGUAUGGCACCAUACCUGUUUUACCCUCUGGCAGAAACCUGCCCUAAAGUGUUAGUAUUUUUGAACCACCUCUUUAAUUUACUGAAUGUAUUCAUAUAUGGGGAGAUGUACAUGUUGUCAAGUAGUCCCCCUUCGUUAGUGAGUUAGGUAUUAUGGAAAUGUUAAUUAAAAUAUGUAAUAUGAAAUUGUCUAAUGUUGAUUGUAUAUAUCUUCUCUGUGCAGAUUUAUUGCCACAUUUAUUUGCCUUUAGUAUAAUAUUAUUGUUUGUUAGACACCAAAUAAAACUUAAUUUUCAAACUAAUGAUAUUAUGUGCUUGGUGUAUUACUAAUAAAAUGUUAUUUUACCAUUUACUAAGUACUUGUAGUUAACCCCAUAUAACUUAAAUAUAUUGUUGCUUCUGUUCCUUAUUUAUUAUACCAAAUAUCAAGGUGUGGUAAUACCUGUCUGUAGACAAGAGCACUGAAAAAGGUGAUACAGGUUGCAUUCAUUAGAUUGUGCAGUUAUUGGUUGAGGUAUGCAACAGCCGGUUCAAUAUAAUUUUUUCUCUCUUUAAGUAAGAUAUUACGUCAUACGACUUUAAAGAAUGUUACUUGGUGCAGUUUUUAAUAUAUGUAUUUGUUAAAUAGCAUAUUAUCAUGUAUUUGUUAGUUCUGAAGCAUUGUAUGUAAUUAUGUAACUGCAAGAGUUACAUAGCUAUUUUGUUCUAUGGUAUACUGUAUCGUAGACCCAUUAACACAAGUCUACUGAUAUAGUGCAUAUGUACAGUACUUUUUCCAUAUGUAAGUUUCUGCACACUGGCAUUCAGUGCAUGGGGGAAAAGGUCGAUCAAUGAGCAAUUGUUUUGCACAGAAUUUUCAGUGUGAUCAUGUCAUAAUGUAUAGUGUUUACUGGCAGCUUAAAAAUACACUUGGACGAUGUCAAAUUUUGUAUAGUAAUCUGCUUGUGAAAAUGCAGAUAUGCGUUUGCAAAAGGGUUUUAAUGCAUAUAGAAGUGUUCUUUGUUUAUAUCUUUAAAAAAAAUGCUGAAUUGUUAAAAUUGAACAGGAUUGUUGCAAUGAAACAUUUGGGUUUUUUCUUUCUUUCUUUUAAAGACUCAAUUUGAACUAUUAUUAUAAUUUCUGCUCAAGCUUGUUUAGAAAAGAAAACUAUUAUUACCUUUUACAAAGUUCAUUUAAAAGAAUACAGGAGUUGUUUUGGGGAUGGCUUGGUUUUUUUGUGGAUGUGUUUUUUCCAGUUUGUUUAACCUGUUGUAUGUAGAUUUUGUAUUAUAAGAGUUAAAUUUUAUCUAACAAAGUUUGUGCUUGCAUAGAACUGGGGACAUGGCAUUUAUAGAUUUAGAUAUAUAGAUGUUUUAAUGUACAUUUUAGAUUUGUACUAUGUAGUACAAUUAUACGAAAUGGUAAGCAUGCAGCAUAUUUAAAUUUUAGUAUUAACUGAUGUGCAUGUGCAAUUUCUUUUAUGAUGGCGUUAGCAAAGAUCACCAGGUAAGCAUUUUAGGUCUUGAAAGCAUUCCAUUUAUAUUUACAUCAGACAUGGGUGAUGUGAGAAAAAGACCAAAUAAAACUGUAAAUAAAAUGUUUUAUUAUUGA